AUGUCAGACGAGGACAAACCGCAGACACUGAAAUCCGUUUUCGAAUCCGCCGAAAAGAAGCGUAUCCUCCUCGAAAAGUCAUAUGAGGCGUCAUCGCCUACCUACCAAGACGACCUCCGCACGGCCAUCAGCGAGUAUGAGUCCUGCCUCGACAUAAUCUCGCGCGCCGCCCUCUUCUCCCCCAACGAAUCCCUUGAGGACCUUCCGACCUCCUCCCUGCCGUAUCUAAUUAUCACAUUCCAUCUCGCCGAGCUGCAACAAAAAAUACCUUCACGCCGGCCCAUCGAGCGUCGCGUCGCCCUCGAGCGCGCCCGUGAGUCUUAUGAGACGUUCCUCGGUCUCCUCGACUCCUAUGACCUGUUGUCUCAAGACAACAAGAAGCUCUACUCGAGUUAUACGGACGACCCUCUUGCAUUCUCCACUCUGGGUGGCACCGAUCCCGCCAAGCGUCGGGACGUCAAGAUUGCCAACUUCAAAGCCGAGCGGUCGCUUAAAGAGCGCCUUGAGACACUGCGCCGUGACCCGCGGUAUCAGGAUGAGGAGGGCGAUGACGAGAUUGUGCGCGACCUGCACCUUGCCCAUGUUGUGUACGCUGCGCACAUGGCAUUCCAGGGUCUAGAGGGCAUCAACCGCGAGAUGGAGGUGCUGGCGCAGGCCACGGUGCCCCUGAUGCCGUCCCCGUCAUCUGUCGAGGACGACAACCGCCGUCGCGCCGAGGACCGCAGUGCCGAGGGCUUCACAGACCGCCUCGAGGCACCCCGCCGUCUGCGCAGUAUGUUCGGACAGCCUGGCGGUCCGCUGCUCUCAAAGGAGGGCAAGCCACUGCAGCCGUUCACACUUUUGGGUUCGAGGCAGGAAAUGGCAGCCAACGUGUUCCGGCCAGGCCACAACUUGCCCACGAUGAGUAUCGACGAGUAUCUCGAGGUGGAACGAGAGCGGGGUGGUAUCAUUGAGGGAGGCGGCGAGGCGAGCUGGCACCGGCCCGAGCCGGAUGAGGAUGAUUACGAGAAGGCAGACGAGGAGACAAUGAAGGCGAGGGCCUGGGACGAGUUUGUCGAGGCGAACCCCAAGGGAUCUGGAAACACGCUUAAUAGAGGCUGA